CCUACUGUUACUGGAUAGAAACUGUAUGACUGUAUGAGCUGAAGUGGCUCGACAGAUCAACAAGCAAAUUUGUAAAAAUUGUUGAACCCUUUUAAUUUAGAACUUUAAAGGAAGAGAGACAGAAGACAAAAGGCAUAACAGACAGGAAAAGAUUCACUUAAUUAUGAACUGUGCAGCUUUUAUAGUCGUGACUACCAGUUUUCUCUCUUGGACUGAUGCAGUUAAUCUCUACUACAAUAAAGACAAAGAUAAAGAACUGCAGUAUCUUAUGGAACCACCAGUUUAUGCUGAGAUAAAAGCACGCCGAGGAGAGAACGCAACCCUGCCAUGUGUUCUGCGGACUGUACCUUCUCACUACACAGUUAAGUGGAGUAAAGUUGAACCUCUUCAUACAGGACCGGAAAAUAUUGUUCUCAUUAGUAAUGGGGAUGAGGUUAAGUACUAUGGCACAUGGCAGUCUAAAGCAAGUCUUCGACGUAUGCAUGCUUUGGACAUCUCUCUCCGCCUCACCAAGCUGGAACUCCAAGAUUGUGGUCUCUACAAGUGCGAACUGAUCAAUGGCAUCGAAGAUGAGAGUGUCACCAUUACUCUAAGCAUUGAAGGGGUGGUGUUUCCUUAUCAAAGCAGCCAUGGUCGUUACAAAUUUACCUACUCUGAUGCCAAAAAAGCUUGUGCAGAACAGGAUGCAACACUGGCAACAUACAAACAGCUAUACAAGGAAUGGACAGAAGGUCUGGAGUGGUGUAAUGCUGGAUGGCUAAAUGAUGGGACUGUUCACUACCCCAUUCUGAAUCCACGGCCAGCUUGUGGGAAAGAUCUUCUUCCAGGGAUCCGCAGCUAUGGGCCCCGGCACAAGACCAAGGAGCGUUAUGAUGCCUUCUGCUUCACCUCUACCACUGAGGGUUCAGUGUUCUAUGUCCCAGGGCCACUAAAUUUUUUGGAAGCAGCUCGUGUCUGUAAGGAGAAAGGAGCAAGCCUGGCCCGUGUUGGACAGCUCUACUCCUCCUGGAAGUUUCUGGGGUUGGAGCGCUGUGAUGGAGGCUGGCUACAAGAUGGUAGUGUGCGCUUUCCCAUCAUUACCCCUAAGGAGCGCUGUGGAGGAAUCCCACAGCCAGGGGUUCACAGUUUUGGAUUCCAUAAAAAGAGCAUUAGUCUUUAUGGGGCAUAUUGUUACAGGUAAAUAUCAACAUAGGGAUAAAUGAUUACAGAUACUCAAGGUCUACACCGGUAGAAGACAAUAGUCUGCAGGUACCACUGUAACAGUUCCCAUGCACCCUGGGAAUUAUUACUUUUUUCCCCUAAGCAAUACGAGAUAAUGUUUUGACAUGAAAUAUUUUGGUAAUUUACAAUACUAGAUUUUUUAAGUGGGAAUGUAGGAGGUUUUGGACCAAAAAUUUCAUACGACUUUCAAAGACUUCUGUGCUGUUUUUUUUUUUUUUGUUUAAUUAUGAGGUCAGUGAAUACUGUUUAAUUGUGUUUCUACAAUUAGUGUAUAAAUAAUUGAAUUAAUAAUUGAGUUCUACAUCAGCAGAUAUUUCUUAAACAACUUUGUAAAUAAUUACCAAAUCUUUAUGCUUUUCAUAAAAUUUUGUGAAUAACAUAAAAACACUUUUGUAUUUAUAAUAUUAUACAUGCUUUCACAUGCCAAAUAAAAUGUAGAUCUUUAAGAAUGUACUCAUACGCAUUACAUGUGGACUUACUUCUAAAUGAACUAAAAUAACAACAUAAGGACAAAAGACUGUAUAGUUGAUACUGUUAGUAAAAAUUUGUUUUAUUAUCAUUAUUUUUUUUUUUUUUAUAAAACUCCAGAACAAAUACAGAAUCCUACAAAUUGUAGUGGUAUGACACCAUAUACCAGAUGGCUUGACUUUUAAAACAUGAAUACAACAAAUUGAGCAGAUAAAUAAAAAUGUCUAUGACAAUUUUUGUGGA